AAAAUUAAGGUAUACUAUAGUUGUUUUGAAUUGGACUGAAUAGAAGUGAAGUGAAAAAGGAAGUAAAUGCAUUUGUACUUGUUGUUUUGCAGGAAGCAAGCAGUUGUGGUGUUGUUCAGUGGGUAGAUGAGGAGUGGCCAGAGCAUCUGCAGAAUGCUCUUCACAAACUAUGGCUUUUGUAUGAGGAUUGCCAGCGUGCUAAUAGGAUGGCAUGUCUGGAACAUUCAUCACUUGUCCACAAUCUCACAUCACAGAAGAACAAGCUACAGGAGACUUAUGAGAAGCUUGUUGAGGAUGUGAACAACCUACUUGAUACCCAGGACAAUAUUCCCAAGGAAAAUGAAGUCCAACAAGGUGAACGUGAGGAGAUCACUCCUCCUUUGGACAACAAUAUUUCAGCUUUGAAGGAACAGCUGGGUGCAAUGGAUGCUGAGAACAAAGAACUGAAGCAAAAGGUUGACCAGUUGAAGAGCAUUCAGGUUGCCCAAGGUAAUGUGAUUAGGAAUCUGAAGUUUGCUCAUUUGAAGGAGAAGGAAAAGUUGAGCAUUGAGAGGAGGAAUUUGGAGCUUCACAUUGCUGAUCUUGUCAAAGCUAGUGACAAGAACAAGAGAAAGCUGAAGGACAUCAAGGAUAUUUGUGAUGAAGAGUGAUUUGUAAUCUGACCAUGUGGGUCAUUAUCUUAAGUUUCAAGCAUUGAACUAUGGCUUGUAAUGUGUG